UUCCGCUCCCUUUGAUAAAUCCGACAAGUUUUUUCUAUUCUUCUUCUGGAAAAAAAAAAAAAAAAAAGUUUUAAAUUUUUUGGUGUUUCCACCUGCGUUUUGUCUGGAAUGGACAACUUGUUGGAGAUUUUCUUCCCGUCCUGAACUCUUAUUCCGUAGCUCUUAUGUUAUGGAAACGUAAAAGAAUCAUUGAAUUUAUGUACUAUUGUACAUAUGUAUUAUACUUGUGCGCCAAACAAAAAUUUAAAAAUUAAAUGUCAUCGCCCACUUACUUUUGUUCUAGUUGUACAUUAAUUUUCCGUCUGUCCGAACACGACAAUUCACUUUGAUUUAAUUUUUUGAAAAAAGUAAGGAGCCCCAACAAAUUUCAAAUUUAAAAAAUGGUAAGUUUAUAUUUGAAGUCCCCGUCAUUGGAUUCCUUACAUAUGACCAUAUUGCGAAUGUGACACUCGACCGGAUGUUGAUGAAACGAGUCCAGUGCUACAAAACACAUCAAACAACAACACGCGGGAUGAUCGGGCCCGCCGAUACGAAAUGCUUUGAAAUGCGCGUGAUGCAACCCAAAAGCUCAUCCCGCCGUGACACUCGACACACACUGUACAACCCCCUUGAUCGAUUCGCACCCCCCUCUCUCAAACAAAUCACUCGAUAAAUGUCAAAUUGUUCGACCCCCCCCCCUUUUUCUUGUAGUGACGCAAUGUUAUUGUGAGUGAUCGGAAUAGGAUUUUUAAGAUGGGGGUGGAGCCGGGGCGUGGGUUUUCCUUUUCACAGCAGCAGCAGACGAGGCUGAGCCGACCCGAACGAGUCAAAAGUGGUCCGACCAGCCGCAGACUCUGCCAGUCUCACGAACGAACUCGUCACAGCCGUUCCAGUUCCAGCAGCAGCAGCAGCAGCGCAACAUUGUUUUUUUUUUGGUUUUCAAUCGAGAUUCCUUUCGGUCGCUGGCUAAAGCUUCUUCUUCUCCCGUCACUGUCACCUUGAUCGGACAGCAUCACUAAUAACACGUCACCGACAGCAGACGAUAUCUAAAUCGAAAAAGGAUUGACGGAAUAUGAACCGGAACUACAGAAACAUGAACGGGCUGCGUUUCCUGAUGCUCAUUCUCGGUCUGAUGACGAUCGUCAACGUCGGCCAAGUCCGGCCGGAUGACGAAACGUCGGAAGAAGAUGUCGACGACGAGAAUUUUCUAUCCGGCAGUGCUGCUGCGGUUGCUGCUGGAUCAUCCGACUCGGCAGAAGAGGACGACAACAACAAUAAAGGGAUUGAAUUGUACUUGAGCGCCAUGAAAGAUCUUUAUCGACAGAGCAAGAGACAAGAAGCCGAGCCGUUGGUUAGCAGCCGAAGUGGGGCAUCGGCUCCCAUCGCUGCGCUUUAUCGCCGCAGUGCGUUAAAUAAGAAUUUCAUCCGGUUCGGACGCAGCGGUGGAGGAGUGAUCAAGACUGAUGUCAGCCGUCAAAUGCAGCCAACGCAACCCAUCAGGUUGAUGGGGUUGAACGAAUCGGAUUCCGGCAAGGAUGGAGAGCGAUCGUUUCAUCCGGCUCGCCCUUCUCGCAGUUUGAGAUCCAAUUUCAUUCGUUUCGGUCGCAGUUUCUUCCCGACGUCGAACCGAUGGGGCGAAACUGUACGCCGAUCCGCCCGCCGCUCUCCAUCCGCCGGGCGGCAAAUGAUGAGCCUUGUCCACCUACCCGGUUCUUCUUCUCGCCGUUAAUGCCCGCAACUACCAACAACAACAAAAUCCACUCGGAGAAUGAGAGCACAGCCCCCCCCCCCUAUUAUUUCACCCCCUGUUCGAUGUAUCUGACAUUUGAUUCCCCCCACCCCACCACCAAAUGUUAUUAUUAUUACCAACAAUUUCCUACUUGUCUCUUUUGAUCGAUGUUUUAAUCGUUAUAUUUCAUCAAAAUAAUUUAUUUAAACAUUAUUGGAAUUCAAAUUCAAACGACACGCCGUCUAUACGUCCUACCAAAGCGGAUCAUUUCUAUUUCUUAUUAACCAACACAGAAAUUCAAUCUGAACUGUAUUGAAUACUGUAGGAAAUAUACAACAAAAUUUAAUAUCAGCCAUUA